UUUGCGUUAACAUCCUUAUUGGUUGUUCUAUGGUCCGCUUGGUUAGAAAAACAUUCGACCAAAUCAGGAAUAAUGCUCAAAUUUGAUUUGCGCAGGAAAGUUUUAAUAGAAAUAUUAAAUGUUUUUGAUUCUUUUUUAACUAGCAAGAACAAAUGGAAUUCAAUAAUUUGCAAAUGACACACAACCUGAUUUUGUAGAAUUCAUAAUAGCAGGAGUGACGAAUUCAUAAUAGCAGGAGUGACAACCGGAUGUGUUUCAACGAGGACAGGAGAUUUUUUUAUAAUAGUACCGCAUGAAUAAGAAAUACUAUUACAUCAAACUCAACUGUCAACACGAACUACUACUUUAACUUCAAUCACAAUGAGAGUCUGUGUACAAAAGCCUACGGAAUUUUCUUCGGCAUGAUUUCUUCUCUUUCUAAAUUUUUUUGUUUGUUUAUGUGCUUAUCAACAACAUGAUGUUUUUAUUUUUUACAAGUAAAAUAUGCAAUCUAUCGAAAGCAAAACUUCAGAAGAAUUGCCAAGUUCCAAGCUGGGAACACGGGAAUAUUGGGAGCAGUUUUAUUCUAAAGAACUUGAAAACUUUUCUGACAGUAAAGAUGAAGGAGAAAUAUGGUUCGGUUACAAUCGCAUGAUAAAAGUUGUUCGAUGGAUUGUCCAUAAUUACACGAAGAAAGAUAUACGCAUACUUGAUAUUGGUUGUGGAAAUGGAGUCUUCUUGCUUGAACUGGCUGACGAAGAAUAUCAGAACCUUUUUGGUGUGGAUUAUUCUGACGCUGGUAUCAAACUUGCUCGAAAAAUUGCGAAAGAACAUGAUAAAGACAUACUCUACCAACAAGCGGAUUUCUUAGACUCAUCUACACUACGUUUUUCCACUCUCGCAGACAACAAAGCAUGCUUCGAUUUGUGUCACGACAAAGGAACAUAUGAUGCUAUCAGUUUACGCCCUAAUGACGCCAAAGAGGCACGACACAAGUACAUCAAUACACUGAAAAGUAUUCUUGUAGAAAAUGGAAUAUUCAUAAUAACGUCGUGUAACUGGACCCUAACGGAGCUUAAGGACCAGUUUGGAGGCGAUUUUGACUUCAAAGCAGACAUACCAGCGCCAACUUUUCAGUAUGGUGGAAGCACUGGUUCAACCGUAUCGACUGCUAUAUUUGUAAAGAGGUGAUAUCCAUCCAAAGCAAUAUAGCCGGGUGCGACAACCAUACUAUAAAUUUUGAAAUCGAGCAUUACUUGAAAGAAAAAUGACUAAAUGAGAUGGACAUGAAAAGAAGGACGGCUUGAAAAUUUUCGUUGACUCUGAUGUCACAGUUCUCCAUUACAGACGUUUUUUACGCUCUACUUGUGGUUUCAAAGUAAAAGAAGUUCUUUUUUCAA